AUGGAGAAGAUCUCUGCAUCAGGCGGAAUUGUUCAGCCGCAGACAAGGCGGCGCUCCCCAUUUGCGCUCCUCUUCGGCCUCGUCGGUCUUGUGAGCGUGUAUCACCUUGCGACGAGGGGAUGGCCGGUCUUCCGUCAUCACUGCUCUCAUCACCAACACAGCGCACUCUCUCCAUACGGGAAUUUCCCGCAGCCAAACGACGCGUUCAAGUUUCUGCCAUGCACUAACAUCACUCGACCUCCUGCAUUGAACGACAAAGACCAUGAACUUAGUUGGGCCAAGUUAUUUGACCCGGACCCGGACCAUUGGAGCUGGGGGAACAGCACGACUGGCUCUUCCGAGGAUCCAUACGCCGGUCGGGGCAUUUAUCUCUGCGGUUACAUCGACGUACCACUGGACUAUAAGAACGAAUCCGAUCCUCGCAUCACUCGUCUGGCAGUGACCAAGUUCCAAGUGUCAGGACUCGCUCGUACGGAUGGGUCUUCCCCUCCUGGGGCUGGUAGCAAGAGCGAGAGAACGCUCGUCCUUGAACCUGGGGGGCCGGGCGGCAGCGGGACACGCAUGGUCUGGAGCUCUGGGCAGCAGCUCACAGAGCGCUUUACAUAUUCCCAAUUUGAUACCUUGGGAUGGGAUCCUAGGGGGGUGAACGCGAGUCAGCCGGCCAUAUCCUGCUACCCCUAUGAUGCUGAUAGAGAUAGAUGGUCCGCCCUCACUGGCCAGUACCGCGAACAGCACUCAGACCCUGAGACGCAGCUUAGAAUAACCGAUGCAAUGAACAAUGCAACUUUCCAUGCUUGUUGGAAGAGGCAUGGCGACUUGGGGCGCUUUAUGACGACCACGCUAGUUGCAAGGGAUCUAGAGGAGAUCAGGAAAGCCCUUGGCGAGGAUGACUUGACCGGUUACCUCGUUUCCUAUGGGACUGGAAUCGGACAGACUUACGCCAAUAUGUUUCCGGACAGUGUUGGUCGGAUCAUAUUGGAUGGGACGGAAUACGUCCGCGAUCAUCGGUUGCUUGGUGGAUUUGGCUGGACUGCCCUGGACAAUGUGACCGAUGCAUUCCGUGACGGCUUCCUAGGCGAGUGCCUCAAUGCUGGACCGCAGCACUGCGCACUGGCGAAACCACAUGGUGGAAGACCAGUCACGCUCAAGGAUUUGGAAAAGCGCGUAGAGACACUAGUUACGGGCCUAAUCAGUGACCCAAUCCCGGGCUAUACAAAGAACAGUGGCCCUUCUCUCGUCACUUACUCUGCUCUCAUCAGCGCCAUCUACGGAUCAUUGUACAAUGCAAAGAGUUGGCCGGCCUUGGCUGAGAUGCUCUAUGAUCUUGAAGCCGGAAAUUCGACAUUAGCUGCCAGUUUUCUUGAGCUAUCAGCCUGGGAAUAUGACCCGACUCUGCCUCAGCUGCCUUCGCCCAGGCCCUCGACAGAUGAGCUCACCUAUAUCGUCAUUUGUGGUGAUGCAUAUGACGCACCCCCCGAGGGGCUUGACUGGUGGUCCUCCCUCUGGGCAAACAUGACUUCGAAGAGUUUCAUCUCGGGCAAUUCGCGCUUUUCGAAUGUGUUUCCCUGCCGUCAUUUUACAGCUUAUUGGCCAGACGUAGCUGAGGCAUAUCGAGGAGCUCUGAACAACACCUUGAAGAAUCCCGUUUUGCUCAUUGCGGAAACUCACGAUCCCGCAACGCCACUGAGGAAUGGAAGACGGCUAGCGGCCGAGAUGGGCAAAAAUGCCAGGCUCAUCGCUCAUCACGGCUAUGGUCACUCAUCCCGGGACCUGUCUAAUUGCACAGAAGAUCUGGCGAAGGCUUUUAUAUUGAACGGAACGCUUCCUGAGGAACCAGAGACGGCCUGUUACGCUAAUGAGAAGCCGUACCUGUAUGGUGUCAAGGAGAACAAAGUCUCGGAGAUGGGAGCCACGACAGCGACUCAGGACCCCAUCACCACUUGGAAAGAGCACAUUCAAGAGCUGGCCAAGUGGCAGCCCUGGUUGUUGUGA